AUGGCGCGCCCUGUCUCCACAUUUAUUGCUCUUGCUCUUGCUCUGGUCUCCGUACUCAGUGGAGUUGUCGAUGCGAGGACGUUCACAGUGACAAACUCCUGCCCAUACACGAUCUGGCCUGCUCUUUUCACCGACCUUCAUGCCGGCAAUGCUGUACCUCAACAGGCCACCGGGUGGGAAGCAGCGCCGCACACCUCCGUCUCCUUCCAUGUCCCGGAUAACUGGGUGGCCGGUCGUAUCUGGGGUCGCCGCAACUGCGAUUUUAGGACGAACCCCGGGGCAAAUUCAUGUCUCGAUGGCGGGUGCAAUGGUGGCUUGCUUUGUGAUCCUCACACAGGUACCGGUGUCCCUCCUGCGACGGUUGCCGAAUUCACGUUGAGCUCGGAUCCUAAUGCUGCUGAUAAUUAUGACGUUUCGUUGGUGGACGGGUACAAUCUUCCGAUGCGUGUGACCAAUAAUGUCGGAUGCCACAUCGCAGAUUGCCCUGUAGACCUCGCGCCCAACUGCCCUGCUAAGCUCAAAGGUCCCUUUGACUCCAAGGGGAACCCCGUCGGAUGCCGCAGUGCUUGCCAGGCUGGUCUUUCCCCCGACCCCGCUAAUUCCCCGUACUGCUGCACCGGCUCGCACAACACUGCUGCGACAUGCCCGCCAUCGGGCGUACUUGAUUAUCACUAUUUCAAGGAUAAUUGCCCAAAUGCCUAUGCCUAUGCUUACGACGAGUCGAGUGGGACGGCUCUGUGGACGUGCCCAUCCCACCUCAAGGCGGACUUCACGAUUCAGUUCUGUCCUUAA